AUGGUUCUGUGGCUACGAAAUUUGAGCUUUGUGCGAAGACGAACGAUUGGAAAGAUACGGAUACGACCGACCCUCUCGUACGAGGAGACAGUUACGGCGGGGCAACAGCUGGAUUUAGCAGGUCAGAUUUCAUCGAGUCAAUCGGUUAUUAAUGAAGUGACUACCAGCGGUGGCACGAAUCAAACGGUAGUAGACUCGCCCUUGGUUACGCAAUGGAUGGAAAGUGUAGAUAUUCUUACGAGGAGGGUUAGUGAAUUAUCUCAAUCUGUUGCUAACGUAAACGCAGCGUCUGCGAAAUAA